AUGGGGUGGUGGAUAACAAUAGGGCUGCUGCUGGCUUCAGCAUCUCUGGUGGUAUCUCAGCAGCCACGCCUCCCCAAUGUGACUUAUACACCAACUCCAUGGGAUGGAAUCUCGCAACAACUGAUAGGUUUCCCUCCUUUGGGAAAGAUUCCCAUCAAUCCGUUAUGGACGGCCCUGGUGAAUACUACAGGAAUACCCAUUGGUCCCCUGGCCUCGAAUGUGACUGGCGUUGGUGCAGAGAUGUGGCAAGGAACGACAGAUCAUACCUAUUGCAGCGACAAGAACACAUUUGGAAUAACCUUUGAUGACGGUCCAGGAAUGUAUACCACGAACCUUCUCAACUUUUUGAAGAGCAUUAAUUUGAAGGUCACGUUCUUCACUAUUGGCGUUCAAAUUGUACAAUACCCAGCUGUGUUUAAAUCCAUAUUUGAUGCAGGUCAUCAGAUUGGGUGCCAUACCUGGACACACCCAUGGUUGACUAGUCUUACUAAUGAGCAGAUAAUAAUGGAGACUUUUUGGUGUGAGCAAGCAUUCCAAGCUGUGCUUGGAAUAAGACCAGUGUAUAUGAGACCACCCCAUGGAGAUAUAAAUCCCAGAGUUCGAUCUAUAUUAAUACAGAUGGGAUACACGAUCGUCGAGUGGACUAAAGACACCAAUGACUGGCGUAUGAGUUACGACACGACUUUCCAAGGCUCGUGGGUAACAGGCAACGUGUCGCAAUGGAUACAGCAACAGAAAGCAGGCACGCUACUACCGAAUGGUGGUGGUCCCAUUCUCUUAGAGCAUGAUUUGUGGAGUCAGAGUGCAGCGCUGGGACCCAGUGUAAUAAACCUCGUUCGUAAUGCUGGAUUUAACAUUCAGCGAAUCGGCGACUGUUUGGGAGAUCCACCGGCAAAUUGGUAUCGUAAUGCUACAGUGAUGCCUGGAUUCGCUACACUGCCGACACCAUCUCCUACACAAUCCCCCAUACCAUCACUUCAACCCACGGCAGAGGUUGUUGGGACAUCUGUAGCUCCGCAAUCCUCUUCUGGACUAUAUUCAGCACCUCUUAUUGUUUUAAUCGCAUGUGUCAUAGUAGGACUGAUAUUUGUAAUUCAAUUGUAG